GUGCGCCCUCCUUCGGUCCGUCCUGGCUACAAGGCCGUUCUGCCCCCGAGAGCCACCUCACCUCCGGCAACCGUUUCGGCCACAGGAAGGGGGCUCUGGACUCGGAGCUGCUGUGGAUCUUGGGGUGCAGAAGAGACCAGGGUCCAUUUAGAGAGUGGCAGGCUUCCUGGCUGCUGCUUCUGCAGGACCGCCUCGUCUCCGGGCCGCGCAGGGCCCCACAACCCGAAGGGCCGAUCCCGGGAGGCGCAGGGAGGCCGAGCCCAGCGCGGGGCCGCGUUCCGGCCAUGAAGCCUCCGAGGGUGCCGGACCCGCGGAAGCUGCUGGCCGGGCUGGCGGCGGCGCGCGCCGACGGGGGAGUCCCGGCGCUGGACGAGCAGCUGCAGGAGGUGGAGAGGAGGCUGCAGUGCCGGGCCCGGCAGACCCGCGAGCGGCGGCUGCGGAAGCUGAUGGGGCCCCCGGAGGCCCCCGAGCCCCGCGCCCUGAGCCUCCGCGCGAUGGAGCAGAUCCGGUACCUCCGCAGCGCCUUCCCCGAGGAGUGGCCGGCCGACCGCCUGGCGCAGGGCUUCGGCGUGACGCCCGAGGUCAUCUACCGGGUGCUGAAGAGCCGCUUCCGCCCGUCGCCCGAGCGGGGCCUGAAGCAAGACGCCCGCGCCGGCGCCCGCCCCAGCCCCGCGCCCGCCUGCGGAGCCGCCCCGGCGGCCCUGGAGCCUCCCGCCCGACUCUGGCAGGAAGGGGCGGCUGCCUCCCGGGCCCGCCUCCCGGGGCUCGUCGCCGGGGGCCCGUCCGUGGCGGUGGGCAGGCGGCCCGAGGGAGCCCGGGGCUCAGCAGGGAAAGCGGGCAAAGCGAGGGCGCCGCGCAGCCGCUCGAAAGAAGCGCCCGGGGAGGGUCCCGAAGGGCCGGCCGCCUCGUGACGCUGCUCCUGGGCCGGGAGGGGCUGCGGCUUCCCGCCUCCUGCCCUCCCGAGGCAGACUGGUGAAGGGGGGAUGGAGCCCGCCACCCCUUGUGCGUUUGUCCAGCGUGCGGGUUGCCCUCCAAGCGGCAGGGCUGGUCCCGUCCCUUUAGCCGCCAGGAGCCGCAGGCCAGCCCGGCCUCUCUUGGAGGGACAGGCCCCAAAUAAACUCUGUGACCCACAAGUCUCUCUACGUGUCUCCUUUAGUGAGAGCUUCGGCCAAGGCUUCCGCCCCCGAGGAAUGGCUGCCCCUGGAGCAGGACCUGGCAGUCUGGGGAAGGCCGCUCUUCAGGAUCCUCUGUGCCAGUUUAGAAAGGAAUGGCUUGUAUCUAAAACGCU